AAAGAAGGUCGGGCACAGAGAGAGAGAGAGAGAGAGAGUAAAACACUUAGCACAGAAAAAAAAUAAAGAGAGAGAGAGAGAGAGAGAGAGAGAGAGAGAGAGGGAGAGAGUUUUUCACAGUUCUAUCUAUUUUAAUGGCGGUUAGGGUUUUUCAUUGAUCCCCCAAAUCCCUUUCUAGAAAAACCUUAAUUCUUUUGUUUCUUCUCUCCUUCUCUUCUCUCUUUUUUUAAAAUUAACAAACACACACAAAAAAAAAAAAAAAAACCCUAAUUUGAACUUUCUAGAAGCGCGUCUCUCCAUUUCGAUUCGGAUUAAAUUUCUCGAAAAUUUCGGGGAUUCGAAUUCGAAAAUCGAGGAUACAGGAGCUGCUUCCUCCAUGGGCGCUCCAGAGAAGUCACAGGCCAACGCCAACAAUUCGAUGCAGCGUGUAAAGGUCUACCGUUUGAAUGAUGAUGGGAAAUGGGAUGACCAAGGCACUGGGCACGUCAGUGUUGACUAUAUGGAGCGAUCAGAAGAGUUGGGUUUGUUUGUUGUUGAUGAAGAAGACAAUGAGACGUUACUUUUGCAUCGUAUCAGCUCAGAUGACAUUUACAGAAAGCAAGAAGAUACCAUUAUUUCAUGGAGAGAUCCAGAAUAUUCGACGGAAUUGGCACUCAGCUUUCAAGAGACCACUGGAUGCACUUACAUAUGGGACAAUAUCUGCAAUGUGCAAAGAAAUCUGCAUUUUAAUACUCUUAACAAUGAUACAUUUCACAGUGUGAACAGUGAGUUGAGGGAGUUGCCUGCCGUUGAGCUAUCCACACUUCCUCUAAUACUUAAGACUGUGGCUGAGAGUGGCAUUGCUGAUCAGAUGCGGCUGACAGAACUCAUUGGGAAUGAUCAAGAAUUUUUUCGAAAGCUGAUGGACCUGUUUAGAAUCUGUGAGGAGUUGGAGAAUGUUGAUGGCCUUCACAUGAUAUACAAAAUAGUCAAAGGGAUUAUUUUGCUCAAUAGUCCUCAGAUCUUCGAGAAGAUAUUUGGUGAUGAAUUGAUCAUGGAUAUUAUUGGUGCACUGGAGUAUGAUCCAGAGGUCCCUCGUGUCCAACAUCAUCGUAAUUUUUUAAAAGAGCAUGUUGUUUACAAGGAGGCCAUACCAAUUAAAGAUCCUUUAGUUCUGUCAAAAAUACACCAGACAUACAGAGUUGGUUAUUUGAAGGAUGUCGUUUUGGCUCGAGUAUUGGAUGAGGGCACAAUUGCAAAUCUCAAUUCCAUAAUUCAUGGAAACAAUGCACUUGUUGUUUCUAUGUUAAAGGAUGACAGUACCUUUAUCCAGGAAUUAUUUGCUAGGUUGAGAUCGCCCUCCACUUCUGCAGAGUCUAAGAAGAAUUUGGUGUACUUCUUGCACGAGUUUUGUAGUUUAAGCAAGAGCCUGCAGAUGGUCCAACAGCUCCGGCUAUUUAGGGAUCUCAUGAAUGAAGGUAUCUUUGACAUCAUCACUGAUGCUUUGCAGAGUCAAGACAAAAGGCUUGUAUUAACUGGGACAGAUAUCCUUAUUCUUUUCUUGAAUCAGGAUCCAAACCUUCUUCGUUCUUACGUUGUUCGGCAGGAAGGAAUUCUACUUUUUGGACUCUUGGUUAAAGGAAUGAUUACAGAUUUUGAGGAGGACAUGCACUGCCAGUUUCUUGAAAUUCUUCGCAGUUUACUGGAUUCAUACACAUUGUCUGGAGCACAGAGAGAUACUAUUAUAGAGAUUUUCUAUGAGAAGCAUUUGGGUCAACUAAUUGAUGUUAUAACAGCAUCUUGUCCUUCGGAAAGUGGAGCUCAAUCAAGUGAUAAAUCUGAAGGAUCUGGUGGAAGUAUUGGAAAUGAAAAUGGCACAAAGCCUGAAAUACUGUCAAACAUAUGUGAAUUGCUGUGCUUCUGUGUUCUGCACCAUCCAUACAGGAUAAAGUGUAACUUUCUCCUUAAUAAUGUGAUAGACAAAGUUUUGCUGUUGACGCGAAGAAGGGAAAGAUACCUAGUUGUUGCUGCUGUUCGAUUUGUUCGCACUAUUCUUUCCCGCAGUGAUGAGCAUUUGAUUAGUCAUAUUGUUAAGAACAACCUUCUCAAACCAAUUGUGGAUGCCUUUGUUAGUAAUGGCAAUCGUUACAAUCUGCUCAACUCUGCAGUAUUAGAACUUUUUGAGUACAUUCGAAAGGAAAACCUGAAAUUAUUGCUUAAAUAUAUAGUUGAUUCAUUUUGGGACCAGUUGGCCAAAUUUGAGAAUUUGGUUUCUAUUCAGUCACUAAAAGUUAAAUAUGAGCAGUCCCUGGAGAAUUGUGGAACAAAAGGCACUGGUAAUGUGUCAGAGAACAGAAAACGAAUUGAUGAGCGUGCUCUAGAGAAAGAAGAGGAGGAUUAUUUCAAUGAGGACAGUGAUGAAGAAGAUACAGCAUCUGCAUCAAUGUCACAUACCCAAAAAGUACAGUCUCAACCUGUUUUAUCCAAUGGAGUAACUGCAAGCGGCCCACCAUCAAGUCCAAGAUCUGGUGGACUGGUUGACUAUGAGGAUGACGAGGAUGAUGAAGACUACAGACCACCACCCAGGAAGCAGCCAGAAACUUCUGAAGAAGUUGAAGGAACUAUGGAGGCUCUUAGGUUGAAGCGGAAACUGGCAUCCAAGGAUAACAAGCCUGAGGUGACAAAGAAGCAGCGGUUUGGAAAGAACUCCAGGUCAAAAGAUAACGUAUUUGCUGCUUUGUGUACAACACUAAGCCAGGCGGUGCUACCCAGUAAGAAAAUUGCUAGCACCAUGCACGGGACUCCUUGUACAACUGAUGGUAAUCAAAGCUCAGGUGAAGAAAAUCAUCAGGAGAAACCUGCUACUGACAAAAGUGGUUCUGAUAUCCCCACCACUACUGAUGAGAACCAUAAAGAGAAGGAACCGGUUGCUUCUAGAAUAUGUUCUGAUCGCUUGCAUAGCAAUUCAGACAGUAGGCAGUUGGGUGGAGAGGAGUCUCCAUUAAUACCAUCAAACUCCUCACCUGAAAUGGCUGUAAAUGGAUCCUAAUAUAUUCAGAGCCAUAUUCAGCAAGAUUGACAUUUUCUGUUCUGCUUUCUUCAAUUUGUGGCUGUGCUUGGUGGAGGAGUUGUGGGCUACCAAAGGAAACAAUGCAGUUCAAAAGAGAAGAAAUGAACAAGGGGGGAUGAAUUUGGUUGAUGGCUUUACAUUGAUAAUAGGAGGGGAUACUGUAUAGAACUACUGAGAGGCAAAAAAGAAAUCGGUCGGCACUACAAUGUGGGCCCAGUCUCCCCCUUCACUUGGUCUCUCUGAUGCUUUGAGCUUCCCAAUUGUCUCUUUUGUACAACAUUUAUCAGCGUUAAUUUUCUUCUUCCAAUUUUCUCACAUGUUUUCUUUGUACUUUUUUCUCCCUUCUAAUUACCCUUUAUUUUGUCCAUUUUUAGCUAUGUGAACCAUAUCAUAGAGAGGGCACCAAUGUUUGCCUUGCAUAGUUUCUUUGUUCAGUUUUGUGGUGGGUGUGGUUCUUGUAAUAGAGAAGGUCUAGUGAAUUGGUUAGAGGGCAAAAUUUUCUCAAAUGUAGUACUAGUGAAAUUAAUUAUAGACCAGUGUAAAUUAGAUUUUAAACACUUAUUAUAUUGAAGGUUCUUGUUCCAGCAUAAAAGCAAGUCAAAA